UUUUGAUGAUGUGCGCAUGCGCAACAGGGGCCGGGUUCUGCUAGAAGGAUCAAAUGUUUUUGUUUUCGUGUGGGAUGGAAGGUAGCUGACAGGUCGAUAUCGAUAUCUACGACGGCAAACGUUUCUCAGCUGAAUCAACUCUACUUGCAGUGACCUUGUAACAGCCCGCAAGAAGACAAAGCCAUGGGGAAUACAAGCAGUGAGAGGGCUGCAAUGGGCCACGGGGAGAAGGCUCAGCGGAGGGACAGCCGAGGUAUUAAAGAGGGCGAGAGGCCAAAAAUCCUCAUGGAUAGCCCGGAGGAUGCUGAUAUUUUUCACGGAGAGGACAUAAAGGCACCUUUAGAGAAAGAGGAGUUCCUUGCUUGGCAGCAAGACUUAGAAUCAGAUGACAAAGCACCAACUCUGGAACGACCGACAGUCUUUCGCUGGAAAGGAGAUGGAAAGGAGGUCUACCUCUCUGGAUCCUUCAACAACUGGGCCAACAAAAUUCCCCUUAUUAGAAGUCAGAACACCUUUGUGGCAAUUGUCGAUCUACCUGAGGGGGAGCAUCAGUACAAAUUUUACGUGGAUGGCCAGUGGACCCACGACCCAGCUGAGCCUGUUGUAACCAGUCAGCUAGGCACAGUCAACAAUAUCAUUCAGGUAAAGAAGACUGACUUUGAGGUUUUUGAUGCGCUAAUGGUGGAUUCGCAGAAAUGCUCUGACAUGUCAGACCUUUCUAGCUCUCCUCCUGGGCCAUAUCAUCAGGAUGCUUAUGUCCCUAAACAGGAAGAGAAGUUCAAAUCUCCACCCAUUCUUCCACCUCACCUUCUACAGGUCAUCCUUAACAAAGACACUGGGAUUUCUUGUGACCCUGCACUGCUCCCAGAACCCAACCAUGUCAUGCUCAACCACCUCUAUGCACUUUCCAUUAAGGACGGAGUGAUGGUACUCAGUGCAACACAUCGCUAUAAGAAGAAAUACGUCACCACCUUGCUUUAUAAGCCCAUCUGAUGAAGCAUUCUUUUCUAUAUUUGGAGCUGUUGUUAACUGUACACUGAGUGUACAAAAUGUUAGCUACACAUUUUUUUUUCCCCAAAAAUCCAGUAUAUAUUCCUUCCAGGUUUCACCAGUUAGAUCCAUUCUGACCAAAAGAAGCAGCCCUGAAUAAGCCGAGGGAACAAAUUAAGUUUGUAAAAUGUUGACUUGAUUUCCAGAAAAAAUUUGGACUGAGGGUUAUAGUAAUUGCUUUACAGUAAUGCACUAAAAGCAAUACAUACAAAUAACAAAUGAUUCAGUUGGACAGCCACUUACUGGAAAACAGACAGAAAAGAGUUAUUUUAAAGGAAGCCUGCUGUAAAAGGUAGUUUAAGUGAUGAUGAUGCUUUUCCCAUGCAGUACAUCACAUCCGAUUUUUGUGUCAUAUAUCAGCACAACUAACUAAUAGCUGGAUUGGAUUGGUGGGUAAAUGAGGUCACUGUGUUCACUUCAGUUCUGUGUUACUGUGUUUACUAUAGGAAUAUUUAAUAUGUAACAUAGACUAUAGUAAUUAUAUAGCACAUCGUGGUUUUUGGGCACCUGUUUUGAAGCCUGAAGUUGGGUACUUCAAGUAUUAUUUCUUUCUUUUUUUUCUUUUCUUUUUUUUUAACUGGCAAACGAGUGGUGGUUGUGACACUUAGUCGUUACAUACACAACAGUGCCCUUACAGUACCCUGCUUUUUCCCUAGUUUUACCCUGAAUGCGAAAGUGAACAUAAUUUAGUAUUACAUAAGAUGAUUGAAAGCAUAAACUCAUUAGUAAAGUGUGUACGGUGGUCAUAAGUCAAUAGAAAAGUAGGGUUAUUUUACUAAUAGACUUCCAUAAAAUCUGACUUUUUUUUGCAAUGAGUGGGCUUUUCCCCUGCUGGAAAGAUUACAGGUUUAAAGCACUACUGCUUUUAAUAUACAGUCUUUGGCCAGCAACACCCACUAGCUUCAUUUUAAUAGCAAGAACUAACAAAGCAUGCAGGGAGCCAGGAGUAAAGGGUAAGUGGAGGGAUUUCAUGAUUCCUACACCAGUAAGUUUGCUUGGUUGGUUUGUUUGCAGUGCUCUGUGUAUUAGUUUUGAUUUGGCAAAGUCGGCUGAUGACAGAAAGUUGACGGUGCUGUCUAUGCCAGCUUGUCUUUUGGCAUUUUGUUUGUUAACAUCACAUGCUGCAAAGCUUUUAGUGCAUUUUAAUAAAA